AUGUUUCUGUCCAAAAUCUCGCUCACGCUUGCGUUCGGGAUCCUCCUGAUAAAAGUCGCUAAGGCGAUUCCUGUGUCCGGCGAAUCUCAUUUUCUGAUUCAAAAUGUGGCGAUCAGAUCGCAUGAGUGUGCGAACCAGGGAGAUAGCGAUGUUUACGGGCUAGGUGUUCGUGUGGGACUUUAUCUCCAAUGGCUUGCUGGUUUUAUUCUCCGCAACAUCGGGUCCUGGGACACAAUGACUAGGGUCCGGACUGCAAAUAAUGCUCUUUGCAUUGCCUUGGCACUGGCAGAGGCGAUCAAAGUUGUUGAUGGCAAAGCACUUGCCAUUGAUUAUUUGCUUUCCUAUUACUUGACGGUGAUUUUGUUCUACUCCGAGUCUUACAGAAUACGCCUUAAAGUGGGGGAAACAAUUCCAAUUUUUGAGCACCGAGACCUCCUAACCAAGGCCUCCGAAGUUAGGGAGAGCAAAGAGAUGAAGCACAAAAUCAAGUCAUACACCUUGGUGCCAGAUCUCUCGCUAAUUUUCCAAAAUGUAUUUUUCGCCGCAUAUACGCUCUUCGGGGCGUGGUUUUGGUUACGGGGUAUCAACCAGAUUCCGGAGUCAACUUGCUCAGAAUACGCUGCUAUUGUUUUGAUAUUUCACCUGCGCAACAAGUCGUGGCAAACUGCGGCCACAGUCUUUGCUAUAUUACUUGGCAUAUUUUGGGCGAUUGUAUUUGCAAUCAAUUUCUCCUUAUUCACUCCGGCAAAAGGGAAAAAUCCCGGCCCUGUCAUCAUUUCCACCUAUCGGGUGCUUCAUUUCUUCAGGUUUCAGUCCGCCAGAACUGAGUUUAUGCCCGAAGAAACCGAACGUGUUCCGCAGCCGCAAGAAAUAGGUGCCAGAUUCAAACGCCCUGUUUCGAGGAAUUUCUUUCAUUACAUCUGGCUAAAUCUGUUGGGCCCGUUUGUCGCGAUUAUAUCAGUGGAAAGAAUUAUAUCAAGUAAUAAGCUCUCCACUUCCGACGUAAGCGGAUCGACCGGCCAAAUGAUUUCGCUUGUCACAGGCAUCACCAGCGCACUGUGUGCCUUUUGGGAACUUGGCAUGUGGCUUCAAAAGGAGGAAGAUGUCACCACAAAGCGUUCGGACAGCGCAAAUACUUCAGAUCCCUCUGUACCAGAUAGCAAAGACCUUGCGAACACAUGUCAGCCAUCUUCAAAAGAUCAAUCCCUUCAAAGGAACGAGCCCCAAUUGACGAGGAAGAGAAAGACCGAUGCAUGA